AGACGCCUGACUGGAGGCGGACCAACCGGCCAGCUGCCUCUCUCGACUCAGACCAGUACUUGGGUCCCGUUGCCCUCACCUGCUCUCCGCGGGGAGCUGCCUUGGGCUCGUCCGGCCAUGCCGUGGCUGUGGCCGCUGGCCGUCUCUUUGGGUGUGUUGUCUGCUGCGGGGCUGAGUGGGGUCUCUGGGGGUGGCCCCCUGCACGGGGGCAGGCGCAGAGCUGAGGUCUGGGAAGAGCAGAGCCGAUCCAAGAGAGGCACUGAGGAUGAGGAAACCAAGGGGGUGCAGCAGUAUGUGCCUGAGGAGUGGGCUGAGUACCCCCGGCUCAUCCACCCUGCUGGCCUGCAGCCCACCAAAACCUUGGUGGCCACCAGCCCCAACCCAGGCAAAGAUGGCGGCACCCCACGCGGUGGGCAGGAGCUUCUGGGCAACCUGACAUGGACGCUGGGUCAGAAGCUGCAGAUUCAGAACCCCCUGUACCCAGUGACGGAGAGUUCCUACAGUGCCUAUGCCAUCAUGCUCCUGGCCCUGGUGGUGUUUGCCGUGGGCAUCGUGGGCAACCUGUCUGUCAUGUGCAUCGUGUGGCACAGCUACUACCUGAAGAGCGCCUGGAACUCCAUCCUCGCCAGCCUGGCCCUCUGGGAUUUCCUGGUCCUCUUUUUCUGCCUCCCUGUUGUCAUCUUCAACGAGAUCACCAAGCAGAGGUUGCUGGGUGAUGUCUCUUGCAGGGCCGUGCCCUUCAUGGAGGUCUCGUCUCUGGGAGUCACCACCUUCAGCCUCUGUGCCCUGGGCAUCGACCGCUUCCACGUGGCUACCAGCACCCUGCCCAAGGUGAGGCCGAUCGAGCGGUGCCAGUCCAUCCUGGCCAAGCUGGCCGUCAUCUGGGUGGGCUCCAUGAUGCUGGCCGUCCCCGAGCUCCUGCUGUGGCAGCUGGCGCAGGAGCCUGCCCCCACCUCGGGCACCGUGGACGCGUGUGUCAUGAAGCCCUCGGCCAGCCUGCCCGAGUCCCUCUACUCUCUGGUCAUGACCUACCAGAAUGCCCGCAUGUGGUGGUACUUUGGCUGCUACUUCUGCCUGCCCAUCCUCUUCACGGUCACCUGCCAGCUGGUGACAUGGCGCGUGCGGGGCCCGCCGGGGCGGAAGCCGGAGUGCCGGGCCGGCAAGCACGAGCAGUGCGAGAGCCAGCUCAACAGCACCGUGGUGGGCCUGACGGUGGUCUACGCCCUGUGCACGCUUCCCGAGAACGUCUGCAACCUCGUGGUGGCCUACCUCUCCCCCGAGCUGACGCGCCAGACCCUGGGCCUCCUGGGCCUCGUCAACCAGUUCUCCACCUUCUUCAAGGGCGCCGUCACCCCGGUGCUGUUGCUGUGCCUGUGCCGGCCGCUGGGCCGGGCCUUCCUGGACUGCUGCUGCUGCUGUUGUUGUGAGGAGUGUGGGGGCGCCCCCGAGGCCUCCGCCGCCAACGGCCCCGACAGCAAGCCCAAGACCGAGAUGUCCCCCUCCAUCUACUUCCACAAGCCCAGGGAGUCACCGCCGCUCCUGCCCCUGGGCACGCCGUGCUGAGACCCGGCCUGCGGGAGGCACAGGGGCAGGGGCCGGGAGCUGGCGCCCAGCCUGUGUCUGGUGUUUCGCCAUCUUGCUGUCUGGAGAUGGGCUCUGGGAGAGGUGGGGGGUGCCACGCCUGCCGCCCCAGGCAGGGUCCUUCCUGUCGUGUCCUCUCAGCUGGUGGGAGGUGCUGCUUCUAGGUCCUUAGAGCUUCCCGGCAACGGAAACGUAGCCCCACCAGCCGGGAGACCACUCCCUCUGUCCUCUCCUGCUUCCUUCCUCCUGUCUUCCUGCCCGACUACUUCAGCUGUGCCCCCUCCAAGCGUCGGCUCCCUGCCCCCACUCAUCCUGGAAUAGGGGGGCUCCUUGGAGGUCAACCUGAUUUGGCUCUCUGGACCAGUUGCAGCCCUGGAUGCCGACUUCCGGCAUCUUCUUUUCCUCCAGAGCAUUUGUCUGUCCCUCCUCCUCCUCCUUUGGGGCACCCUGGGUGGCCCCAUCCCCACCCCUCUUGUUAGGUGCUUCUCUGUAGGUGGCCCUUCUUGGAAAAAACAAAACAAAACAAUAAACUAGGUAGACACACCCUGUG